AGCCGCCGCUUGGACAGGAGGAGAGACGACGACACCUCGGCGGAGUUGAAGCUCGUCGCCUCCCGUCACAAUGGAGCCGUAUCGGAUUUAGUUGUCUGUUUGCAUAAACGUGGCUGCUGUUUGUGUUUUGCGGCCAAGGAGGAGGUGGCUGAACAAGGAGCACCGACUUAAGAGGAUAAAGCAGGCUAUUUUUAAAGCGCGUGGAUCUCCUCCGGAGACACUAUGAGCGGCAGCGGGCCGGAUGAGAGUACCGUGCGUGUCGCCCUGAGGAUCCGUCCUCAGCUGGCCAAAGAGAAGAUUGAAGGUUGCCACAUCUGUACGUAUGUGAUGCCUGGAGAGCCCCAGGUGGUCCUGGGUAAGGACAAAGCUUUUACAUAUGACUACGUCUUUGACAUGGACACCCAGCAGGAGCCAAUCUACACACACUGCACUGAGAGGCUCAUUGAGGGUUGCUUUGAGGGCUACAACGCAACCAUCUUCGCCUACGGACAGACGGGUUCAGGAAAGACCUACACCAUGGGAACCGGCUUCGACGUCAACAUCGGAGACGACGAGCUGGGUAUCAUUCCCCGAGCAGUUGACCACCUGUUCAGAGGGAUCGAGGAGCGCAGACGGGCUGCCACCGAGCAGGGUGUGCCAGUUCCAGAGUUCAAGAUCAAUGCUCAGUUUCUAGAGCUGUACAACGAGGAGGUGCUGGACCUCUUUGACACUACACGAGACAUUGAGGGCAGGAAGCAGAAGUCCAACAUCAAAAUCCACGAGGACGCCAACGGAGGCAUCUACACCGUAGGGGUCACCACGCGUACCGUGACCUCAGCCACAGAGAUGAUGCAGUGUCUGAAGCUGGGUGCUUUGUCUCGUACAACCGCCAGCACCCAGAUGAACGUCCAGAGUUCACGAUCCCAUGCCAUCUUCACCAUCCACCUCUGCCAAGUUCGAGUUUGCAGCCCUGAUAACAAGGAUAAUGUAACAGACAAUCGCCUUGCUAACAACUCUGAGAUUAAUGAGUUUGAGACACUAACAGCCAAGUUCCACUUUGUGGAUCUGGCCGGCUCAGAGAGACUGAAAAGGACCGGCGCUACAGGAGACCGAGCUAAAGAGGGAAUAUCCAUCAACUGUGGGCUGCUUGCCCUUGGUAAUGUCAUCAGCGCUCUUGGAGACCGGAGCAAGCGUUCCAGUCAUGUGCCUUAUCGAGACUCCAAGCUCACCCGACUGUUACAGGACUCACUUGGGGGAAACAGUCAAACUGUGAUGAUCGCCUGUAUUAGUCCAUCGGACCGAGACUUUAUGGAGACCCUGAACACUUUAAAAUACGCCAACCGGGCUCGAAACAUCAAGAACAAGGUGAUGGUGAACCAGGACAGAGCGAGCCAACAGAUCAGCGCUCUGAGGACGGAUAUCGCUCGACUGCAAAUGGAGCUAAUGGAGUACAAGACGGGAAAGCGUAUGGUGGGGCAGGAUGGCGUGGAGGGCAUCAAUGACAUGGUUCACGAGAACAGCAUGUUACAGACGGAGAACAGCAACCUGAGGGUGAGAGUGAAGGCCAUGCAGGAGACCAUUGACGCCCAGAGAGCCAGGCUUACUCAGAUCCUCAGCGACCACGCCAACCAGGCUUUAGCCAAAGCAGGUGAAGGAAAUGAAGAGAUUGGGAACAUGAUUCAGAACUACAUCAAAGAAAUUGAGGAACUCAGAGCCAAACUGCUUGAGAGUGAAGCUGUCAAUGAGAACCUCAGGAAGAGCCUGUCCCGAGCCUCCACUCGCUCCUCGCUGUACGGCGGCUCCACCUCCUUCUCCCCUGCCUUACUUGCUCCCGAGAAGGAGGCGAGUGACAUCAUCGAGAUAGCCAAGAGAGACCUGGAGAAACUCAAGAGGAAAGAGAGGAAGAAGAAGAAGAGACUGCAGCGAUACGAAGACACUCAUCAACAAGAAGCUGAACCCGCCAGUGUUGUCAAAGAAGUAGUCCCAGACAAUGACCAGGAGCGCGCUAAUGAGGACGCAGACGUGGAAGUUAGCGACCAUGAGGAAGGUGUGGAUGGAGAUGGAGAGGAGGACGACUUUGAAAUGGCGGGAGAGGAGACGUCUGACGAGUCCGACUCUGAGGAACUGGAUGAGAAAGAGAACGUUCAAGCGGACUUGGCAAACAUCACGUGCGAGAUCGCCAUCAAGCAGAAGCUGAUCGACGAGCUGGAGAACAGCCAGCGGCGCCUUCACACACUCAAGCAGCAGUACGAACAAAAGCUGAUGAUGCUGCAGAACAAGAUCAGAGACACGCAGCUGGAGAGGGACAAAGUGUUGCACAAUAUGGGCUCGGUGGAGUCGUGCACAGAGGAGAAGGCCAAGAAGAUCAAAGCAGAGUAUGAACGCAAGCUGACUUCCAUGAACAAAGAGCUGCAGAAGCUCCAGUCGGCGCAGAAGGAGCACGCCCGCCUGCUGAAGAACCAGUCACAGUACGAGAAGCAGCUCAAGAAGCUCCAACAGGACGUGAGCGAGAUGAAGAAGACCAAGGUGGCACUGAUGCGGCAGAUGAAGGACCAGCAGGAGAGGAACAGAGCCACAGAGUGCAGGAGGAACAGGGAGAUCGCAUCUCUGAAGAAAGAUCAGCGCAGAGCCGAGCACCAACUGAGGCAGCUGGAGGCCCAAAAGAGACAACAGGAGUUGAUCCUGCGCAGGAAGAAUGAGGAGGUAACAGCUCUUCGACGGCAGGUGAGGCCCGUCUCUGGGAAGGUGAUAAGGAAAGUGAGCUCACCUGAGCUUCCUCAGGAGCCAUCAAACCGGGUCACCCCGGGGAGACCGCAGCUGUCUGGCUCGACCUCUUCUAAUGGAGCCAGGAGCUCCCCAGCGAGGACGAAACGCCUGGACCUCAGCAGGACGGCCAGGACCAAAUGGCAGUCCCUGGAGAGGCGCAUCAGUGACAUCAUCAUGCAGAGGAUGACCAUCUCCAACAUGGAGACUGAUAUGAACCGACUGCUGAAGCAACGGGAGGAGCUGACCAGACGGCGGGAGCGAGUAUCGAGGAAGAGAACGAAGACGGCGGUAGACGGGGCCGACGCUGACCGCUCUGUGGCCUCCCUGAAUGAGGAGCUAGAGUCUCUGAAUGCUAACAUUGACUACAUCAAUGACAGCAUCGCCGACUGCCAGGCUAACAUCAUGCAGAUGGAGGAGGCCAAGGAAGAAGGAGACACUGUGGACGUUACCACGGUGAUCAGCUCCUGUAACCUAUCAGAAGCCCGCUUCCUGCUGGACCAUUUCAUGACUAUGGCCAUCAAUAAGGGUCUGCAGGCGGCUCAGAAAGAGUCCCAACUGAAGGUGAUGGAGGGCAGGCUGAAGCAAACAGAGAUCAACAGCGCCACCCAGAACCAGCUGCUCUUCCACAUGCUGAAGGAAAAAGCCGAGAUCAACCCAGAGCUGGAUGCCCUGCUGAGCAACGCCCUGCAAGUGUUAAGUUGCCUGUCAGCAGAGAACGGAGACAACAGCAGCAGUGAUGAGUCCACUCAGAGUCCAGCCACAGAAGGCAACACUCUGGCAUCUGAUUUAAUGAAGCUGUGUGGUGAAUCCAGACCAAAAAAUAAGGCUCGCAGGAGAACCACCACCCAGAUGGAGCUUUUGUAUGCCAGCAGCGUGGAUCCUUCCGAAUCUCCCACCGGAGAUUUUUGCGCCCCUCUCUUGUCCCUCACAGAGCGCCUGGAAGGGUUGGCUGAAAUGCCGGGUCACGCAGUUGGUCAAACGUUGAACCGUGAACAAACAGUUUCCCCAUCUGCGCUGGCUGUCAGGGCAGCUGGCAUUUCCGGCUCCAUAUCCCCUACAGGGGCUGAGAGAAAGCACCUCGAGCGCUCACCACUCACCCGUAGGAAGACACAGGAGAAAGGACCCACGCUGACGCACAUCCCCGAACCCAAACAAGCACCUCAGGCGAGCACAGCUGACGCCAAGACAAAAGGCAGUGACAGCAAAAUGCUGUUGGAUGAGUUUCCUGUAUUUGAAGGCCAUAGAGGUGUGAUCAACCCUGUAACAGCUCCAAAGAACAACCAGGGAGUGAAACUGCAAUGCGUUUAUGUGGCUCAGGGACACACCAAGCCUGUUCUGUGUGUGGAUGCCACUGAUGACCUACUUUUUACAGGAUCUAAAGACCGUACAUGUAAGGUAUGGAACUUGGUGACAGGUCAGGAGAUCAUGUCUCUAGCAGAGCAUCCAAACAGCGUCGCCUCCGUCAGGUACACCUCCAGCCUCGUCUUCACGGUAUCCAACACCUACAUCAAAGUUUGGGAUAUACGGGAUGCUGCUAAAUGUAUACGCAUGCUCACGUCUUCGGGCCAGGUGGGUUCAGGCGACAGCUGUUACUCCAGCAGGAAUUUAAGCAUCCCACCAGGAGAGAGUCAGAUCAACCAAAUUGCCCUCAAUCCUUCUGGAACCUUCCUGUACGCUGCUGCCGGCAACGCUGUGCGCAUGUGGGACCUCCGAAAGUUUGCGUCGACGGGGAAGCUGACCGGUCACUUAGGGCCCGUCAUGUGCCUGACUGUUGAUAGGUUGUGUAGCGGACAGGACCUGUUCACUGGCUCCAGAGAUCGCCAUGUUAAAAUGUUCGGGGUGGCGGAAGGUGCUCAGGGCAGCGUCGGCUCCAUCCAUACGUUUGAGCCCGCCCAUCAAGAUGGCAUGGAAUCGCUGGCCGUGUACGGGGACGUUUUGUACAGUGGCUCCAGAGACUACUACAUCAAGAAGUGGGAUCUGAGUAGUAAACAGCUGAUACAGCAGACAGUCAGUUCUCAGACAGACUGGGUUAGUGCCUUGGGCAUGCUGCCAGGCUCAGCUGUGCUGCUUAGCGGAUGCAGAGGAGGGCUGCUCCGUCUCUGGCACGCAGACUCGCUGAAGCCCCUCAGUGAGAUCAGAGGUCACGACUGCCCCAUCAACGGCUUGGCCACCAACAGCAGUCUGCUGUUUACUGCCGCAGACGACCGCACAGUGAAGAUUUGGGAACCCAAAGGAUUGUUGGAUGAAGGCGUCCUCUGACGGCUUGUUUCUCA